AUGACCCGAGUAUAUCCUCAGCCUGCUAUAACAUCGACUCCAUCAUCCACUUCUGUGCAGACUCCUCUCAAAGGAACGGGUUCAACCUUUGAAAUUCGAAGAAUUGAGCACAGUCAGGAGGAGGAUACCACGGAUAAAGCACCAUCCGUAACGGCCUCCUCAACGACUGCUUCUGAACCAUGGUCAGAAAAUUCAUUAUCCUCAUCACUGUUCAAAUCCAUCAAAUUUUGCCUCAUCAUGCUCAUCUCUACUCUCAUUGUGGUGAGUGUGGUGUUGCUGUCGGCCACAUGGCUCUCGACCUUUGGUCCUACACUGGUCAGUUUGAGCAACGAAGAUCGUGAUUACGAAGCCAGAAACAUUAUAGGGUUUGUGGAACAAACCAUUCAACAAAUUGCAGCCUCAUCACGGGAUAUUCAACAACAGCUCAUUGGAGAUGAUUUGGACAUAUAUAAUGGACCAGUGGUUGAAAAGAAAAUGUACAGCGCCUAUAAGUCUGGACAAAAGAAUAGCGGAGGAGUUGCUAUUUCGAGUUAUAUUGGAGAUGAGCUUAAUUAUUGUUUUGGAAUUAUUUCUUGGACCAAUGAGACAGCUGCUCUCUUCAAUAUCACACGAGAGAAUCAGAAAAUUUAUUAUUGUGACUCCCCUCUUUCCACACAUAAAGAAUGCAAUCGAAAUCAACGUCCAGAUGAAGUUGCUGGCUCUUUUGAUUUGAGCAAUUUGAUAUCUCUUUGUAACCAGUAUCCAGGAGAACAAGUGUUUUCAGAGAGCUAUGCAGAUCCUGCCAUGGGAAUGUACACUUUUAUUUCCCUUGUAAAUUGUGUUCCAAAACUAAAUAAUGACUCAUCCAACCAUCGGAAUUCUAAUUUUACUUUUUAUUAUGGAAAUGACAUGACUACAGGAUCUAUAUCAAAGUUUUUGAAAGACAGCGCGGAAGAAAUGGGAGGUCAUGCAAGAAGCUUUAUUAUUGAAACCUCAACUGAGUUUUUGAUUGCUCUGGACAAUUUUGCUGAUGUUAAGCUCACAGAAUGGAAUCCAAAAGAUGGAAGUCUAAUUCGAAAAACGUUUAACAAUGUCGAUGACUCAGAAAUUAUUUACUUUUCAAAAACAGCGCUCACAAGCUUGAGCCUAAACCAUUUUUCACAACUUGAAUGUAAUGUUCUAACAACUACCAAAGACUCUCAAUACUUUAUUAUUGUCUACAGGCUUUGUGUCAUGCACCUUGAUUGGACAAUAGUUUUAACAGUACCUCAAUGGGCCUACAUGAAACCUAUUGCAAUUGCUGUAAUUGUUGCUGUUGGAGUUUCUAUUGUUAUUGUUGUUCUUGGAAUCAUUUUGGCAGUCAUUUUCUCCUUAAAAAUCUCCUCACCGAUCUAUAACUUGAUAGAACUAUUUGAAAGUGUUGCUAAUAUGGACCUAGAUAACUUGGACAUAUCACCUAGUAACUUUUUUGAAAUCCGAGCUCUUCAAAAACAGUUUUCCUCGAUGAUUAAGAGAAUGAAAUUGUACAGGAGUUUUAUUCCCUCACAUCUAUUAGCUGAUGUGGAAAAAUGUUUGCAAGAUAAUGUAGAAAGACCUCCUAUAGCAAACUCUUCAAGUUCUCAAAACAAUGUAAUUGAGAAACAGUCAUCAAACCGUGUAUUUUCAAUCAUUUCGUCAGGGAAACAAAGCUCUUUUGGGAAAAAAAACAGCAAAAAGAAAAUACAAUUUUCCAAAGAGGCAAAUCACAAAUUCUCGUUAUACUUGGAAAUCAAAUAUGUCACAAUGGUUCAAUUGUUAUUGGAUGGAUUGAACGGAUGGAUUCAUACAAUUACACCAAAUGAAACAGUUUCUCUAUUGAGCGAUGUUUGCGACCAAGUGAACAGUGUAAGCAGAGCAGCUGGAGCCAAUCAAAUUUCACCCUUAGAAUAUGAAUCUCUCAUUCUUGCCUUCAAUGCAACCUCUGGUCAACCAAAUCACGAAGAGAAAGCAGCUUCUUUUUGCAACCUUCUUUUGGAAAAAUUAUUGAACCUCAAAACCGCAAAAUGGAAAUCACGAGAGUCAGUACAAAGAAGACCUGAGUUACUGAAUAUGAUGAGUUUUAGGUUUGCUAUUCUUGCCACUGAAUGUUAUCUCGGUAACGUUGGAACAAGCAAUUCAAAAGUUUUCACACUAUUGAGUAGUGGCAAGACCAAUCUGAACACAAUGACUACUGUGGCUAAAAAUCUCGAAAUUCCUAUUGUAUGUUCUGAAAAUGUAAGACAUGCAUGUCUGAAUCUCUUCCAGACACGCUAUGUGGACACUAAGAAUUUCAUUGAAGAUACCCACAUUUCCUAUCAGCAACCAAACACACAAGAAUUUGAGGCAAGUCGCCCUCAUCCCAAUCCAGAACAACCCACCUCCAUCUAUCAAUUAGGACUCUCCCUUCAAUCCUCAGAAGAUGAAUGGAUGUAUGAACUGGCAGAUGCUGAAAAAAAGGAUGAAUGGAAUAUGUACAAUAUGGCAUGCAGUUUGUUCAUGGAAAACAAUACCUCUCAGGCUCUGCAUCUGUUCGAACAAUAUUUGAAAAUUAAUCCAAACGAUAAACCAACACAACAAAUGAUACAACUUUGCAAGAAAUCCAUCAACAGCAACAAGACAUACUGA